AUGGAAAUGAGAGCAUCGCCCAUUCCAUCCCUGCCAUGUCUUCCCUACAACGAAGAAUGGACUGUGGCCAACAUAUCACGCGACGAAAUCACAGGCAACCUGAAAACUUCUUUUUCGAAUCGAACACUUGCCGGCGUCGAGUGUCAAUGGCACGAAACCAAGGUCGAUUGCCUCAAAUUGGAGAAGACGAAACAGCUUACGGCGAUGGCUAUUGAAGCCCGCUUACAUUCGAUCCUCCCAAUCACCCCGUCGCUAGACAUCAUGAUCGCCAAAAUAGCUCGAUUCGAAUGGGAGAUGCCACGCAUCGAACAAGAACAAAGAGCAUAUCAGCUACUCGAGGGUUCCGGUCUAGCCCCUCGCUUCCUCGCACAUGUCCAUGAGCAUGGACGCAUCGAUCUCAACGUCUGCGAAGCUGCCCUCAGAAAGUUACACGGACUAGGACUUUUACAUGGCGACGUAAACCGGUACAGCUUUAUCAUCACGCAGGAAGGUGUAAAGCUCCUCGACUUUGAACGCGCUCAGGAGAACGCGAGCCCCGAAUCGAUGAGCAAGGAAUUGAAGGGCUUGCGUACCGAGUUGGCCGACGAGUCCGGGCGCGGCGGAGGUUUCUUUUUUCAAGACGACUGA